AGGAUUCUCUCUGAUAGACAUAUAAUGGACCUCUUUCUGGUGGUCUGUGUCCUGGUUUUUUGCCCGCUAAUUAAAGCUGCCCAGUUUGAGAGCGGUCACCAUGUUGGAACAGUAACAAGUCACUCUAUCACAGAAGCUUCCGGUAUAUGCGCGAGCAGAACACAUCAUGACGUACUCUACACACAUAAUGACUCGGGUGGUACACAUCGGAUCUUUGCCAUAAGCGCUACAUCUGGACGUCGGCUCGCUACUAUUUAUAUCAAUGGAGCCCACAGUCAAGAUUGGGAGGACAUUGCUUGUGGACCGUGUACUGGGGGAUCGGGAAACUGUAUUUACAUUUCUGACACUGGAGGAAAUGCGGGCUAUGAUGCCAAUACUAUAUAUAGAAUACGAGAACCAGCCAGCAUACAUGACCAGAGCGUGAAUCUAGACGGAACUCUGGAAUUCAGUUGGGAUCAACACGAUUGUGAAACACUGUUAGUCGACCCUCGAGGAGAGGUGUACGUAGUGUCAAAGGUGGGCCCAGGGCACCACGGUAAAUUUGUCCACCUGCCGUCCAGCGCGUGGAACCAGCACCACCAUGUUUGGGUAAAUGAUGGAGUGUACCUCCCAAUUACCGCCAGCAGCAAUAGUCCAGUGGGAGGGGACAUAUCCCCCCUUGGUACCGAGAUCCUGUUAAAAACCUAUGGCCACGUGUACUAUUGGUAUAUACCGGAUGGAAACUACGAGGCACACAUUCACAACCACCCCCAGACCCUCCCCUACCGUCCCGAGAGACAGGGGGAGGCUAUCUGCUGGAAGGUGGACAACAGUGGGUAUUACACACUCUCCGAGGGCGCCAACCAAUCCCUCAAUUUCUACAAGCGAAUCUCAGCACCGCCCUCCGGAAGCGUUGUUGGUUAAAUGUCUUCAUCCACA